AUGGAAGCUACGUCGCCGGCAAACAAGAGGAAGAGAGGCGCGCAGAAGGCCGCCGCCAAGGUUAAAGCGACAAUCGCCGCAGCCAAGAAGAAAUCGGAAAUCACCAACAAGCCUGCGGCACAGCAGGGCAAGGAAAAGGAGGCGCAGCAGCAAAAGACCAAGGAUGUGGAGAAGGAGCAGAAGGAAGAGGAGGAGUUGUUGAAUGAGGAGAGCCUUGAAGUCGCGAAGAAAGAGGAUGCCGCACCGGCCGAACCUGUCAAGGAUGUAACGUUCGCCGAUUUGGGCGUCAUUCCUGAGAUUUGCGAUUCCUGCACGAUGCUGGGUUGGUCCAAGCCGUCCGAAAUCCAGAAGGAGACCAUCCCCCUCGCUAUCCAGGGCAAGGACAUCAUCGGUCUGGCGCAAACAGGCAGUGGUAAGACUGGUGCCUUUGCCAUUCCCAUCCUCCAGGCUCUGCUGCAAAAACCCCAGCCCCUCUUUGCUGUGGUGCUCUCGCCCACCAGAGAGUUGGCCAUUCAGAUCGCCGAGCAGUUUGAAGCUCUGGGCUCAGUCAUUCGCGCCAGGUCUGUCGUUAUCGUGGGAGGCGUUGACGUAAUGGAGCAGUCCAUCGCCCUGGCCAAGAAGCCCCACAUCAUCUGCGCGACGCCCGGUCGUCUCCUGUUCCAUCUUCAAAACACCAAGGGCUUCUCGCUCAAGAGCCUCAAGUACCUCGUGCUCGACGAAGCCGACCGCCUGCUCAACAUGGACUACGAGGAGGAAAUCGAUCAAAUCUGGCCUGAGCGCCACACGUAUCUGUUCUCGGCAACGAUGACCAGCAAGGUCAAGAAGCUCGAGCGCGCCUCGCUCGCGAAUCCCGUCAAGAUCUCCGUCUCCUCCAAGUAUUCGACUGUGGACACUCUUCUUCAAAACUACGUCUUUGUGCCGGAGAAGUUCAAGGACUGCUACUUGGUCUACCUCUUGAACGAAUUCGUGGGCAACUCCAUCAUUGGUACUCUUCGUGGCCACGUGUAA